AUGGUCGUACUUCAGUCCGACCCCGACGCUCCCCAGCUCUUCGUCUCCGCGUCCGACAUGACAGCCCACCCGCACGACAUCCACGUCGCGACCGUCAACGUCCGCUUCGACGGGAUGAGGCACGACCCCAUCCCGAUCCCCAAGCACGGCGCGGUCAACCCCAAGAAACCGGGUUUCUGGGGCGAGAAGUCUGACUUAGCCCGCAAGAAUCCCUAUCGCGAGCAGCCGUGGGCUGUGCGGCGCAGCCGCCUAGUCGACGCGUUGUUGAGUACCGGCGAGCUCGACAUCAUCGGCUUCCAGGAAGUCUACGUCUCGCAGCUCAAGGACCUCGCUGUAUUGCUGGGUGCGCGGUUCGCACACGUCGGCGUGGGACGCGAUGACGGCAAGGAGGCCGGCGAGUACUCACCCAUCUUCUACGACAAGCAGCGCUUCGAGCGUGUCAAGUGGAAGACGAUGUGGCUGAGUUCGUGGCCCGAGAAACCAGGGUCGGUGGGCUGGGAUGCGAGCCAGACGCGCAUCGCAACGUUCCUAUCGCUCAAGGAUAAGUUCGGCGGCCACCUCGUACACGCAGUGUGCACUCAUUACGACGACCAAGGCCUAGUCGCACGCGCGAAGAGCAGCCUCCUCAUCCGCACCGCCAUCCGGGAGUGGGUCGAGGCUGUAGAACUGGAGACCAACGUGGUAGGGAAGAAACCCAAGGCGCCCGUCCUACUGUUUGGUGACUUCAACUCACCCCCCGACGAGGACGGCUACAAGAACAUCACGUCAUUUGGGCCCCUUAAGGCGCCGAGCUUCACUUUCCUUGACGCGUACACCCAUCUGGCAGCACGGAGGCCGGGAUACGACGCACAGAGCCGCCCGUACGGCCCGCACAAGACGUGGACUGGUUUCACGGCGCCGGGCCUCACGGACACCCAGCGUAUCGACCUCGUCAUGGCUGCAGCGGACGAGGAUGCGAAGAAGGGCACAGACGUUGCGCGCGGCGGAUGGGUGUUUACCCAAUAUGCGUGUCUGGAUAAUUGGGUCGAGGAGGGGGACGCGGACGGGUGGCAGGGACGGUGGAGUGACCACCGCGCUGUGAAGGCUACGCUUGCGCUGCGCAGUGAGAAGUGUUCUGAGGGUUAUGACGACGAGCCCGCACCGGUACCCCACGUAGAACUGCGCUAG